GUUCCCGCAAGAUGGAAUUUAAGGGAAACUACUGGCACGAAACCUGCUUUGUGUGUGAACAUUGCCGACAACUAAUAGGAACCAAACCUUUGAUUUCCAAAGAGAGUGGCAAUUAUUGUGUGCCGUGUUUUGAGAAGGAGUUUUCUCACUACUGCAGCUUUUGUAAGAAGGUAGAUAGGCAGGCUCAAGAGAGUCUCAGAGGUGACAAGUUCAUCUGCUUUCAAGACCGCCAGUGGCACAGCGAGUGCUUUAACUGUGCGAGGUGCUCGGUCUCCUUGGUGGGAGAAGGCUUCCUGACCCAGGACAAGGAAAUUUUCUGCCGCAAAUGUGGCUCUGAGAUGGACAUUGACAUCUAGAAGUAGACCGUCCU